CACCUCCACACAGCAAGUGCCUUUACUUGAGCAGAAGAGGCAGAAGGAAGAGGAGGGUGGUAGCGAGAGAGAGAGAGAGAAAGAGAGAGAGAGAGAGAGAGACACACACACACACACACACACAGAAAGAAAAAGAAUCCCGGGAGUGUGUCUGAAUGCACCAGAGGAGCAUCUCUCUGACUUCGCAGAGAGGGCUGAGAAGGGCACAGAGACAGUCGGGCAGAGGCAAGAGGCAGGCAGCGUUGGAGUAUCACAGCGCUGGUGGUGCUGGCAGAGCAUGCUGAGUGGAGACAGGGGAAUCCACUGGCGCUGUUGAUCCUGGUGUCCCUGGCAAAAGCUGCUUGAGCAGGAGACAGAAAGCGGCGCAGCAGCCAGGACCCCGCCGGGGGGGCAGCGUUUACAGCGACAACGAAGCGUGGAGACAGCUGAUACCUGCACAUACACACACACGCACACAGAAACAUACGGGAAAACACACAUGCACACAAACACACAGCUAAGUGGGGAAGGUGAGUCAGAUACGCUGCAUUCAAAAGAUUAGCUGCAACCUUCUUCUUCUGAAACACACAAACUUACACAGGAAAACAGAUACUAAAUGUUUUGUUUUCUUGUCCGUGGAUGGUGGAUGAUGGAGAGGAAAACUUCUGGAGAGGAAAUUCUCUUUUAAGCAGGACUGCAGAGAUUUUCCCACUAAGAAUAACUUCCUUUUUGGGGGAGUUGGAGGUUUAAACCCCCUAUCUAAGCACAACACAAAAAUAACCUCUAUUCUUAGUUGCAGAAAUUGAGAGCGGUCUUUGUGACCAUUAAGAUGCCUCAUCCUGAUUCAGUCUGAGCAGUAAGUGGAUUAUGACGGCAAUAUUUUGGGAUUUCUCUUUUGCUUGAAAAGAGAGAGAGAAAUAUAUCCAUGACUGGUGGAUUUACGUCUGUCAGAGAAGGAGAGGAUCCCGUGCGUUUUCUCCUCUCUUCUGUGGAUUACAGAUGGGCUUUGUGAUCCUCCAGUGCAGUCUCAUGGAUGAUCGCUCGCUGCCAGUCAUUAGGAUAAAGUACAAAGAGGGACACAAGUGGCUUGGGCUCGAGUGGAGAUUGAUUGAAGUGAUCUGUGUGAAUCCUAUUAAUGCAUCCUGGAUUCUGGCCAAGGCAGAAGCAAUGGAGGGGAACACCGCUGUCUAGCAGCACUAUCUGAUCUGCCUCCUCAGUGGACAAACUGAGUGCCCUCUGCACUCUCUCUUCAACAACACUCCUCCUCCUCUUUUCACCCAGGCAAGGAUGGUACCUCCACCUCCCACCAACAAGCCCCACGUGUGCCUUUCCACCAUCCUGAUCAUGAGCAGCAUGGCGCUGAUUGAUGCCUACCUGGUAGAGCAGAACCACGGACCACGCAAGAUUGGCAUCUGCAUCAUGGUGAUGGUGGGAGACAUCUGCUUCCUAAUUGUCUUGCGUUACGUGGCGGUGUGGGUGGGUGCUGAGGUACGCACAGCUAAGCGAGGCUACGCCAUGGUCCUCUGGUUCCUUUAUAUCUUUGUGCUGGAGAUCAAGGUCUACUUUGUGUAUCAAAACUACAAGGCAGACAGAAAGAGCCUGGACGCUCUCGCAAGGAAAGCGCUGACGUUGCUGCUGUCCAUUUGCAUCCCAGUGCUGUUUGUGGUGUUAGUUGCUAUCGACCAUAUGGAGUAUGUUCGGGCCUUCAAGAAGCGCGAGGAGAUCCGUAAUCGCCUCUUCUGGGUGGUGGUGGACUUGCUGGACAUACUGGACAUUCAAGCCAACCUGUGGGAGCCUCAAAAAAAGGGGCUUCCUUUGUGGGCGGAAGGCCUGAUGUUCUUUUACUGCUACAUCCUGCUGCUCGUGCUGCCCUGCGUGUCCUUGAGUGAGAUCAGCAUGCAGGGCAUCAACAUCGUGCCCCACAAGAUGCUCCUGUACCCCAUCCUCAGCCUGGUCACCAUCAACAUCAUCACCCUCUUCAUCCGCGGGGGGAACAUGAUUCUGUACAGGGACGCCAGGGUAUCCGGGAUCCUAAUAGGAAAGAACGUGCUGGCCAUCAUCCUAAAGACCUGCAGCUUUGUGCAGUACCGGAGACAGUUGCAGAACGCUUCUCCUGCCUUUGGGGUGGAGAUGCAGAAAAACUCGGUGGCCCACGCUCGCCCUGCCCCCACUCCCCCUCAAGUGGUCAUGCAGGACCAGACGCCCCUCCCUGAAGUGACAACGUGCGAACACACAUGACAGAAUGGUGAGGUGAAUCCUGGAAAUGUCAAUAUGAAUAUACAUGACCCUCAGGACGCUGGCAGGGCACAAUGUUCCACACCUUUUACGGCAGUGAACACUCACAUGAACACACGGGAGAUCAUGAUUUCCACCGAUGCUUAAUGGCACACGAGACACUGCAGACACUUAGCAAGGAUAGAGCAGUGCUGUAUCCAAAGCUGCCAUGGUGCAAAAUACAGUAUAACUUGUAACUUUGUUAAAGCAUUUCCCCCAAUGAAUUCAGUUAACUGUGUAUUUUUUCUAAUCGUACAAAAGAAAAAAAUGCAACUACUGCAAGAUUAGAGGAUAUAUUUUUGAAUUGUGUGUGUUGCAUUCUAAUCUUAAACUUAAGGGUCUGUGUGCUGUUUGUGUGUAUUUCUGUUGCUCGAAUGUUUUUAGUAGUCGAGGGCUUUAACACAAAGUCAGUGGGAGCAAAGUAAUGAGAAUGAAAAUAACAGUUAAAGCUUUCUCUUCAGAGAAGUGUGUUUUUAUAUGUGAUUCUUUGAUAAAGUAUUGUGUACAAGAUAAAGGCUUUCUCUUUCACUGGAUGUCAAGGGGUUUUUCAUGAAAUAAUUUAAAGUUAUCAGGUCAAUUCAGUAUAUUUCACUUCUUAAUUAAAAUUCAACAAAUGUCCUUUAAUUAACCUGGGUUACAAAAGAAAAUAGACAAUGAUUUUCUUUCGCGCUGGUUCUAUCUACAAUUAGAGACUACUUAAUUGCUGAAGUUGGUGCCUUUGCAAUGUCACUCAUCUUGAGUGUGAUUGUUAAAUUCCAGGCUGCUUAUUUUGAGUGAGGAGGGGAGCAUUUGAAAUAAAUUCUCUGUGCAGUUAUGAACAGUUCGAUCACUGCAAAGGAUGACUAUGGUGCUGUAGUCAUAGGACAGAACACACAGCCAUGAGGCAACACUGCAGAUGGAUAAAUGAUUCCCAAAUAAGGAAACCUGUUUUAAUAUCCUCCUCAGGCACUGACUGUCUGUGUUUGUGCUUAGUGGCAGAUCUAUGUAAGCACUGUCAUUUUUUUCUUCACAUGAAAGGACAAAAUGGAUACUUUGGUC